AUGGUGGAAAUCCAUGAAAGUGCUCUGGAACUCCGCUCUGACAUCUCUUUGCAAUCUGUUAUCCCAACAGGCUGUGACUGGUCUCACCCCAAGAUGACGUCCCCCAAAAACAAAGCCAAGAAGAAACCACCUAAGGACAGCAUGACGCUGCUGCCGUGCUUUUAUUUUGUAGAGCUCCCCAUCGUCCUGUCCUCCUUGGUGUCCCUGUACUUCCUGGAGCUGACAGAUGUGUUGUCCCCCGCAAUGGUGGGCUUCCGUUGCCAUGACCGCGACCUCUCCAUGCCCUACAUAGAGACGGGCGAUGAGCUCAUCCCACUGUUGAUGCUUCUGAGUUUGGCCUUCGCUGGUCCUGCAGCGUCCAUAAUGAUGGGAGAGGGACUAAUGUACUGUAUGCAAUCCAAGCUGAAGACUUGUCCCAAGUCAGAGAGCAGCAUCAAUGCUGGAGGCUGCAGCUUCAACUCCUUCCUACGCAGAACUGUGCGCUUCGUGGGUGUUCAUGUGUUCGGUCUCCUGGCAACAGCCCUGGUGACAGAUGUCAUCCAGCUCGCUACUGGUUACCACGCCCCUUUCUUCCUCACCGUCUGCCAGCCCAAUUACACGGCCCCGGGAGUGUCAUGUGACAACAAUGCCUACAUCAUGCAGGACAUCUGCAUGGGGAAAGACCAGUAUGCCAUCAUGUCAGCAAGGAAAACAUUUCCAUCCCAGCAUGCAACACUCUCUGGCUUCGCUGCUGUCUAUAUCUCCAUGUAUUUUAAUGCCAGCAUCAGCAGCACGACCAAACUGCUGAAGCCGCUCCUGGUGUUUGCUUUCUGCAUGGCGGCAGGCCUCGCCGGGCUGACACAGAUAACUCAGCACCGCAGUCACCCAAUAGACGUCUACGUGGGAUACCUCAUAGGAGCCGGCAUUGGCGUCUACCUGGCUGUGUAUGCAGUGGGAAACUUCAAAGCAUCAGAAGAAGAUGCUCCCUCUUUACAGAGACUGGCCUCGGCUCAGCAGAAGGACAGCCUGAGGGUGCUGAGCCAGCGUGGUCAUGACUCCCUGUAUAGGAAGACUCCCAGGGUGUCCGAGAGCAGAGAGGAGCUGGGGGCAGGACUGGGAUCUGGGGCCCGAAGUAAAGUGAGGAGGGAGAAGGCGUCCCUGGCCUCCCUCAAACGAGCAAGCGCCGAUGUGGAGCUCCUGGCAGCCCGGGGUCCCAUGGGCAAGGAAACCAUGGUAACCUUCAGCAACACAUUGCCCCGAGUUGCAAACGGCAACAGCCCCAUCUCCCCCUCGGAGGAGCCAGUUGCCACGCAGCGCCACAUGACCUUCCAUGUGCCCUUUGACCCCCAAAGGUCUCACCAGCUGGUGUCGGAGUGGAAGCAGCGAUCACUGGAGCUCCGCAGCCAGAGCUCACGAGACGAAGAGGAGGGAAUGGAUGGAAGAGAUGGAGGAGAAGAAGGAGGAGGAGCAGCAGCAGCAGUAGGAGAAGGAGGAGAUCAGGGGAUGCCUUCCUCUCUUUAUCCCACGGUGCAAGCCAACAAGGGCACCGCCACACCAACUGGAGCCAGGAUGGUGGUGGCACCCCCACUUGUUCACAUCCCCGAGGAGGCGUCUCGGCCACCGCCCGUCUCACCCAAGAGCGCUAAAACCCGUGCCAAGUGGCUGUCGCUCACAGAGGGAGGAGGGAUGAAAGAGCCAGGAACAGGGCCCAUUGCGGUGUCAACUCCCCGUGUGCCCAACACGCAGCCCAACCAGCCGCCAAGCCAGCAAAGAGUCACACAGGUGAUAGCUAUGUCAAAGCAGCCGGGUCAUGGGCCCAUCACCUCGUCCACGAAGACAUCAGAGGGUGGCUCCUCCUCCGGCGGUGGGUCCAACUGCUCUGAGUCACCCUACUACCGGAUCCCAUCUGAUCGAGACAGCUGCACCGGGAGCAACCCGGGAAGUAUCGCCGGCAGCGGGAGCAUCGUCACAAUCGACGCUCAUGCCCCUCACCACCCGGUGGUGCGUGUGUCGGCCAGCAAUGGCAAGCCGUGGGAGUGGAGAAACACCAUCAGCGGCAACAUGAUGACCACUGACACAGCAGGGGAGAAACACCGCACGACCCUACAGCGACAGGACAAUGUCAGUCACUACCGGGAUUAUCGGACACUCCCAGUGAAAACAGACUCGCUGUGCUCCUCCUCGGCCAGUGGCAGUGCUGAAGGAGGGGCAGAGCUGCCUCCCCCACCUCUCCCCACCUCCUCCUCCCCUCUGCCUCCCCCACCUCAGCUGUCAUCAUCCCCUCUUCCACCACCGCCUCCUCACUCGUCAUCUUCCCCUCUGCCUCCCCCUCCACAGCCGAGCUCCUCUCCAUUGCCUCCUCCUCUCCCUCACCCUGCCUCCUCCCACAUGCCUCUGCCUCCUCACCUAUCCGCUCAAAUGUCCCCACCACCCCUCCCAUCAUCCUCUCAAAUGCCGCCACCUCCUCACCCAUCUUCCUCCCAUAUGCCACCACCUCCUCACCCAUCUAGCUGUCAAAUGCCCCCACCUCCUCAACCAUCCUCUUCCAUGCCACCGCCUCCUCACCCGUCCUGCUCCAUCAUGCUCCCCCCUCCUCCCCACCCCGAUUUACUGAUGGACGGCCACAGUCAGACGUUGUCCCGCUCUUCCACCCUGCCUCGUCGGCCUUCCGUCUCCGCCCGCAGCCAUGCUGAGCAGGAAAACUAUUACAAGGCCAUGCAGAACGAGAGGAUGUUAUAG